UUGAAGUUUCAAUUGAGCAAUGUCAAUGCUGCUCACUGUUAUACAGUUCUAAUGUAGUAUUAGUUGAAAACAGGCUCUUGAUAAAGCUAUAUUGGAUUCCAUUUCCUCACAGGAAUACGAGUAUGCCGCCAAAGAAGAAUGGCAACCCUGGUGGUGCUAAUUCAUCUCCAAAGACAAAAGGCCCUACAGGAACUCAGGAGCUGGGGUCCUCUUCUAGAGGCUCUGAAACAAGUUGGGCCGAUGCAUCUGAGUUUUCGGCUGAUAUCCAAGAUGAUGAGGGUGUGUGGGAGGUGCCAGGAAGAAAAUCCAGGAAACCAAAGUCACUACAAAACAUGGUCCAAUCAGGCCCUCGACCCUCUAAUUUAGCUGCGAGGGCACCGAACUAUAACUGGCACCAACAAACCCAUGACCCCAAAAAGCAAGUUAACAAUAGAGGAAAUCCAAGGUCUCAGGCUUCGAAUUGGAGUGCUGCUUAUAUGGGUCCUCCAUCUGUUAUUACCCCACCUCUACAAAAUGGUUGGCAAUGGCGGAAUCGGGCUGGUUCAUCGAGCCAGACUCCCAACAAGCCUAAUGAUAAAACCCAAGUUGGAGAAACAAGUUUAAUCAAGGAAGAAAAUAGAAAUUCAGAUGAAGACGACGUCAGGUUCUCUGGUAAUUCCUCUGAGAAUGAGGACCUCGAUGAAGAUAGCGAAGAUGAAAUGUUGAGUGAUGGGAACUAUGACUCCGAUGUUAGUCAAAAGAGCCACAGUGAACUGAAGAAGAGCAAGUGGUGCAAGAAGUUCUUUGAAAAGAUGGAUGAGUUGAGCGUGGAGGAAAUCAAUGAAUCUUCAAGGCAAUGGCAUUGCCCGGCUUGCUAUGGUGGGAUAGGUGCCAUUGAUUGGUACACAGGUAUGCAGCCGCUUGUGACCCAUGCCAAGACAAAGGGGGCAAAUAGAGUUAGGCUUCAUAGGAAGUUUGCUGAGCUCUUGGAAGAGGAGUUGCAGAGGAGGGGCACAUCGGCUAUACCAGCUGGGGAAUUGUUUGGAAAGUGGAAAGGGCUUCGUGAUGAGGUUGCUGACCACGAAAUAGUUUGGCCUCCGAUGGUUAUCAUCCAAAACACUCAACUUGAUCGAGACGAGAAUGACACUUGGCUUGGAAUGGGGAAUGCAGAGCUUGUCGAGUAUUUCAAAGCAUACAUGCCCUCAAAGGCUAAGCAUUCAUAUGGUCCUCAAGGUCAUCGUGGGUUAAGUGUUCUUAUAUUUGAUCCUUCGGCCAUUGGUUAUUUGGAUGCUGAGCGCUUGCACAAGCAUUUCAUGGAAGAGGGGAGAGAUAGGGAUGGAUGGGACCGACGCCGUGUUCUCUAUUAUCCUGGUGGAAAGCGUGUAUUGUAUGGCUAUUUGGCCACAAACGAGGAUAUGGAUCUCUUUAACCGCCACUGCCAUGGUAAAUCUAGGUUGAAAUUUGAUAUGCGAUCGUAUCAGGAAAUGGUAGUUGGGCCUAUGAAACAAAUGAGUGAGGAUAACCAACAAUUGAUUUUCUACAAACAUAGAGUUGCCAAAGUGCAGAUGGAGUCGAAGGCUUUACAAGAAACUGUAUCUGAUGUGGGGCGAAGACUGCGUCUUAAAGAUGAGGAGAACAAAACAUUUAGACAAAAAGCCAAAGACCUCUAUGAGGAAAAACAAAAAGAGAUGGAUGCUCAAGAGAAAUUCUACAAGGAACAGAUAAAGGUUCUCCAGGAUAAAAUGCAAGUGAACAUGUGCUUGCAAGAGAAUGCUCUUCAGGAACUUCAGAUGCAGAGCAGGAAGACGCAUGUCAAUGAGCUCGAACAAGCCAAGCACGCCAACAUCUUGGGCAGCAAUGAAGCUGGCGAACAUAAGCGAGAAGAGAUUUCAAAGGUGAUGAACAUUCUUGACAACCAAGAGAAAGACAUACAAGAGUAUGAAGCAGAGAGAGACAAACUCUUGCUCGAUCAGGCAAAUAGGCGCAAGGAACUCAAACAAAAGCAUCACGAGGAGGAGAUCAAGAUGGAAGAGGAGUUCCAGCAUGCCAUGAAUGAUCUCUUCAACAAAUACACUGCCCGAGCUUGCCCGAAGCUUGAUGCCCCCAAAUGCCCCUGAAAAGAUUGCUCUCUCUCUCUCUCUCUCUCUCUCUCUCUCACACACACACACACACACACACAGGUUGGAUUCUUGACAAUAUCUGAACUUUACUUUCUGGCCUGGAAGAGGCAAGCAUCUUUCAUGUCAUUUCUAGUUACCGUUUCUGUCUUUAAAGAAAAACACUCCCUCUGUCAUGAACAAAAUGCUUUCACAAAUAUACAGCUCAAAAUUGCUUUUUGGCAUGAAAUGCCUUGGCUACAAGCCUACAACCCCAAAUGCCCCCCACCCCCUUCUCUCAGCCAGUCCAAUAUAACUAAAAAGCAAUUAAUUGGGAAUUUUCUAUAUUUACUGGAAUCGGCCAUGAAUUUUGCUGUAGAUUUUGUUUCAUAAGAAAUACUGCAAACUCGUAUCCAUGAAUUUCUCUUUUUGGGAAAUAAAUGAGCUUGGUGACCUGGUUUGCAUUAAGCGAGUCUCAGGCUCAACUUAUUAGUAAAGACAUGGUUCUUCCUUUUGAUAUACCUUUCCUUUUAUCAUGUCAUUCGUGAAUCAUAUACACGUUUAACUCAUAAUGCCAGUAUUUCUAUUUCGGUAUAA